AUGUUUCCUGAACUGAAGAACGAUUUGAUAUUGAGGGCCGCUAGAGGUGAAGCUGUUGAGAGGCCACCAUGCUGGUUGAUGAGACAGGCCGGGAGGUACUUGCCAGAGUAUCAUGAAGUGAAGGGGAACAGGGAUUUCUUUGAAGUGUGUCGUGACGCUGAAGUGGCCUCCGAGAUUACCAUCCAACCUGUUAGAAGGUAUGCCGGUCUGCUGGACGCUGCGAUCAUCUUCAGUGAUAUUUUGGUGAUCCCACAGGCCAUGGGGAUGAAAGUCGAGAUGGUUGAAGGCAAAGGUCCUCAUUUCCCUGAGCCAUUGAGAACAUCUGAAGACUUGCAGAAGGUUCUGGACUACAAAGUCGACAUCAAAAAGGAGUUGAACUGGGCAUUCGAGGCUAUUACUCUGACAAGGAAGAAGCUGGACGGCCAAGUGCCACUUUUUGGCUUCUGUGGUGCCCCAUGGACUCUCUUGGUCUAUAUGACCGAAGGUGGUGGUUCCCGCCUAUUCAGAUUUGCCAAGCAAUGGAUAAACGAGAAGCCAGAAGAAUCUCACAAGUUGUUGCAAGCUAUCACAGACGUCGCAGUCGAGUUUUUGGCCCAGCAAGUGGUUGCAGGUGCCCAAAUAUUACAAGUGUUUGAAAGUUGGGGCGGAGAGUUGUCUGCCGGUGACUUCGACGAGUUCUCCUUGCCUUACCUGAGACAAAUCGCUACUAAAGUUCCUAAGAGACUCAAGGAGUUGGGCGUUGAGGAACAUAUUCCAAUGAUAGUUUUCGCUAAGGGAUCAUGGUAUGCUUUGGACAAGCUGUGUGACUCCGGUUACAAUGUUGUUUCCUUAGAUUGGUGUUGGGAUCCAAAGGAAGCCGUUAAGAUAAAUAACAACCGUGUGGUAUUGCAAGGAAACCUAGAUCCAGGUGUUAUGUACGGAUCAGAUGAAAUAAUUUCAAAGAAGACGAAGACCAUGAUUGAAGGCUUUGGUGGCGGCAAGAAGAACUAUAUCGUUAACUUCGGUCAUGGUACUCAUCCAUUCAUGGACACGGAAAAGAUCAGACAUUUUCUGGAAGAAUGCCACAGAAUUGGUUCUGCCUAA